CCACGUACGUCUCUUUAGUUUCUCUGACCCUGCAACUGCUAAAAAGCUGCAGACACCCCGUCCUGAUCACGACUAUAACCCGUUGAAGCUUGAAUGUAUGUGUCUAUGUAAACAAUUUUACGACACAAUUAUGUCUCAAGUCGUUCAAUGCACAUAAAUUCAUAUGCAUCAAACAACUUCGGACGCAAUUAUAUUCUGAUGAGAGUAAAAUCACACUAUGCUAUUAAAACUCUCGCAAGUGGAUGAUGGAAAUAGUAAGUUGGCUUGAACGCCUUGAGUUAUAAAAAAAAGUCUCUGUAUGCUAUAAAUGUGUAUAUAUAGGGAAUUCUGUGAAUGAAUGGUGGAGGAGAUUGGGUUUCAACAGGACACACAUGGGUUUUCUAGGGGUUUCUGGGUGUUCUGGCCUUGCAAUAUUGGGUUUGUUUCUGAAUGCAGUAGCACUCUUCUGUAAUGGAGGAACCACUAGUGCUUUCGUGAGGCCUGUCGAGAAAACUGUGGAUAUGCCCCUUCACAGUGAUGUCUUCCGCGCGCCUGCUGGUUACAAUGCGCCCCAACAGGUACAUAUAACACAAGGAGAUCAUGUGGGGAAGGGGAUGAUAGUGUCAUGGGUCACCAUGGAUGAACCUGGUUCAAGUACAGUCCUUUACUGGAGUGAGAAUAGCAAGCUCAAGAACAAGGCCAAGGGCAUUGUUGUCACCUACAAAUUCUACAAUUAUACCUCUGGUUACAUUCAUCACUGCACCAUUACAAAUUUGAAGUUCAACACAAAAUAUUACUAUCAAGUUGGGACUGGACAAACAACAAGAACUUUCUGGUUUACAACUCCCCCUGAGGUUGGUCCGGAUGUCCCGUAUACGUUUGGUCUUAUAGGGGAUCUUGGUCAAAGCUAUGAUUCGAACAAGACGCUUACUCACUAUGCAUUAAACCCAUCAAAGGGAAAAACAGUGCUCUUUGUGGGAGACCUCUCUUAUGCAGAUAACUACCCAAAUCAUGAUAAUACAAGAUGGGAUACUUGGGCAAGGUUUGUUGAGAGAAUUACCGCCUAUCAACCUUGGAUCUGGACCGCGGGAAAUCAUGAGCUUGAUUUUGCCCCUGAAAUUGGCGAAACAGAACCCUUUAAGCCUUAUACUCACCGUUAUUAUGUUCCCUAUAAAGCAUCGGAUAGUACUGCUCCCUUUUGGUACUCAAUCAAGAGAGCUUCGGCAUACAUCAUUGUCUUGUCUUCCUAUUCAGCAUACGGCAAAUAUACUCCUCAAUACCAAUGGCUUGAGGCAGAGCUACCAAAAGUAAACAGGAAGGAGACACCAUGGUUGAUUGUUCUUAUGCAUUCCCCAUGGUAUAAUAGUUAUAAAUACCAUUACAUGGAAGGUGAAACAAUGAGAGUGAUGUAUGAGCCAUGGUUUGUACAGUACAAAGUGGAUGUUGUAUUUGCUGGCCAUGUUCACGCCUAUGAGCGAUCGGAACGUGUAUCCAAUGUUGCGUACAACAUUGUGAAUGGCAUCUGUGCUCCAGUAAGAGACCAAUCUGCCCCUGUAUACAUAACCAUUGGUGAUGGUGGAAAUAUUGAAGGCUUGGCAACCGAAAUGACAGAUCCACAGCCAAAGUACUCAGCUUUUCGGGAGGCCAGUUUUGGUCAUGCCAUUUUCGAUAUUAAGAACCGAACGCAUGCUUAUUAUAGUUGGCACCGUAAUCAAGAUGGGUAUGCUGUGGAAGCUGAUUCGUUGUGGUUUUUUAACCGGUAUUGGCAUCCAGUUGAUGAUUCUACAAGCGUCAAAAGAUGAUCAUAUCAACUAUCAAGUCUAUCGUAAAAAUAGAAAGAUGAGAACACGAAAUCACAGAUGGCGUGGUACUGCUUAUUUAUUUUUGGUGUACUCUGCAUUAAAUUUUCUAUUCAACUACAAGCAUUGUGAUUGAGAAGCUUGCUAUAAAAUUUUGCAUUUGCCUUCAUAACUUA